CCCGCGCUCACCAAGUUCUACCUGGAGCCAAAUCUCAGCUUAUCAUCUCAGCAGGUAUUCAGAAGCGUAUAUGUAGUGAUACAUCUUAUACAGCUUUUCCAACAAAAUUUGAAUAUCACGCAUAAAGCGGAGUUGAGCUUAUAGUUGACGGUUGGGCAUAAAGUAUCUUCUGUCACAUAGGUAGCAAUUAAAGCAUACAGUAGCAUAUAUAUCGCACCGCACGUGCGCCCUUAGCUUGCAUCAUGCCUGGCGAAACAAAAAGCGGAACUGUGGCCAAUGCCAAAAAACAAGUCGAGGAAACAGUUGUAUCACCUGAUAUGGCUGGGACUAAGUAUGCCAACGAACCGAACAAUCUGUCGGAUGCACACGCUGUUACCGCUGGAGGCAAUCUGACAGCGAGUGCGCCUGUCAUGACACCGGACUCCAAGUACUUUCUGUGUGGCGCUGACAACAAAGUACACGUGUAUAGUGUCAUCACUGGUCUGCGUGUGCACACACUCACGGGUCACAACGACACUGUCACAGCCAUUUCUAUAUCACCCGAGAAUCCUCUGCAAGCAUACACAUGCUCAUUAGACGGAGAUGUACGUGUGUGGGACUAUCUUGACGCAGUCUGUCUCAAGGUGUAUUGUGUGGGUUUGCCAUUGAUCAAGAUGCUUAUGACUGCUCAGGCGAUGAGUGAGAAGCGUGCACUGUACGUGAUAGCACGGCCGAGCAAGUUCGAGAUGAAGACCUAUCGACAGUCAAAGAAAGCCCCUGUGAUUGUCGGGAAAGCUGACGGCGACGAUGCCAUGGAUAUCGAUACAACAGAGCAAGAGGAAACAAGUGAGAGCAAACUGGUAGAAGAUGGAGGGGCAAGCAAGGAUGGGGAGAAGGAAAAGGAAAUAAUGGAGACACCGGAGCAAGAGGAAACAAGUGAGAGCAAACCGGUAGAGGGGGGAGAGACAAGCAAAGAUGAGAAGAAGGAAGAAGAAAUCACGGAGGCAACAGAGCAAGAGGAAACAAGUGAGAGCAAACCGGUAGUGGAUGGAGGGAAAAUCAACGCUGGGAAGAAGGGAAAGAAAGUAACGAAGCCCGGGCUAAGAAUAUUCGAAGUGUAUCUGGAUGCGAAGUUCGACACCAGUACCAAGAACAAAUUCAACAAGAAAAUCACUGUCGGUGGUGUUCGUAAGGAGAAAGUACACACAAGGCUCGUAAUUUACACGAGCUCCAUCCGAGACUGGACAUUCUCACACGACGGUAAGUACCUGGCGUUGGUCUCUAAAACGUCGCUAAUUGUGAUUGAUCUACCCAAGAAGCACCGUACCAAGUUCGAGGGCAGAGCCCGGUUCUCGACUGUGCGGUUCCACCCAGAUGGCGAUAUCAUGGCCACAGGCGAUGAACAGGGCCGGGUGACCCUGUGGUACUCGUUUAGAGAAGUUCUCGCCAAAGAGCAGAAGAAAGUGCAUACAUCAGAAUGUAUCACGAGCACACUGCACUGGCACGCGCACGCGGUUAGUUCCAUAGCGUUCACGAGUGAUGGCGCGUACCUUCUGUCUGGUGGGGUGGAGGCGGUGCUGGUCAUCUGGUCGUUGUCAGAUUCCAGUAAGCAGUUUUUGCCUCGUCUGGGGGCCCCCAUCCGCUCGGUGAGUAUCAGUGCUAAUGAAGAGAUGUACCUAGUGGGCUAUGUCACGAAUACAAUCCACAUUGUAUCUGUAUCUUCGCUCAAAAUACUGAAAGAAGUACGAGGACUGGUGCUGCGACCGCCCGCAGUGGUUCACAGACACCACAACUACGGCCUGACAAACAAGAACAACAAGGACACCAUCUCCUCAUCGAGCACGACGGGUAUCUCCAGUAAAGUGCGUGCGUGCAUACCACUCUCUCUGUCAGUAAACCCCAAGGAUAAUAGCACUGUGGCGUUCAAUCGCUUGCCUGGGAGUGUGCAGUUCUACGAUGUCUUGUCCGACAAGCCUGUGAGUACUAUGGGCGUGGUACAGCACAUGUACGUGUCUGGAACGCAGUCGGCGCAGAUUGACCAACCGCUUACGGAUGUUCGGCAUGUUGCCUAUACUUUCAAGGGAGAGGGCUUGAUCACAGUUGAGGGUAAGAUCAACGAACCACGACUCAAGUUUUGGGACUGGGACGAUUCCGCACAUUCGUUCACGCUCAACACCUUCACAGACACCGCGCACUCAGAUGAAGUGUUGAGUGUGGGUGUCGACCCAGCACACAAUGUGGCGUGCACAACCUCCUUGGACGGUACAAUCAAGCUGUGGGUUAUGAACCGUGUGCGUGUGCUGGCUACCACGCCCAAGACAGACGCGCAGGCCGCAAAGGCAGGCAGCAAGGCGGCUGGUGCGAAUGGCACAGAAGAGCAGAUACAGUGGUCUAAGAGUAGCACAGCCUCGUACCGAGGUAUGACACCAUACUGCUGCGCCUUCUCCAAUGAUGGCUCUCUGUUAGCGGUUGGAUUUGACCAUGUGAUCACACUAUGGGCUCCCGAGACGAACACCCUGAUGCGGUCACUUAUGCACACAGCCGGACCUUCUCAGCCUAUCACGAGUGUGUCGUUUGCCACUAUACCGUCCAAAAGCUUGCCGUUGCUGAUAGCUGCCACACCCGACUACCUGUUCGUGUGGAACUUGCUCACUUGUACCGUGUACUGGUCGUACAAGGUGAAGGUCACCCUGCUCACCACAGUGCCCAGGUUCUCCACCAAUAGCUCUGGUCACACCGAGGGGUAUUUUGCCAUUGUCGCGCGCUUGCCAGGCUUUGAGGGCCGGUAUCCGGAGGUGGUUGUUGAAUUCUCCGCGGAAUCACCUGUGCCGUUACGUAUCUCUCCCGUUCCCAAGCGAGAGAGUGUCGAGGGACUGGCCUAUCUUACCGGUAACCGUGCGAACACCUCGACCAGCGCCUCUAGAAACUCAUCCGAGACAGCUAAGUUUGUUAAGAGUGCAAAUGCUAGCCUGGGGUUGGCACAUACUACGCCUCCCGCUCUUGCUGUAGCAACCACGUGCGGCAUCAUACGCAUGGUGGGGGGUGAUACUGUGAAACAUAGCAAGAGCAAGUCACAGAUAGCCAAGGAAGCACAUAUAGACAAUUCGGAUGUGUUUGCGGCGGCGAAGCCGGGUGUGAGUGCGAAUGCGUACGUAGCUGCAUCGGGAGUACGAGAGAGCAAUGGAAGUACGGAUACAGGCUUGAAGCCAUCCGAGGUGGUCUUCACGGCUCCCAGCCAUCUGGUGCCACCAUGUACCGCGUUGUAUGAGUCGUUCAUGACGCUGCUGCUUGAUAAUUCGAGGACGUCGAGUAAAGAAGCAGACGAGAAACUCGUCAGCGAAGAUGCGGAUAUGAUGGACAUUGACAUCGAUAUGACAGCAAGCAAAAAUACCAACAUGGCCACUAUGGAGAGUGGGAGCGCUGAUAUCUCCAACGGGGAUAUGGCGGAUGAGUACUCAUAUUUGGAAGCUGUAUUUGCUACGAAUUUGAUUAAUCCUACAUCAGUCCCAGCACAAGAAACUAAGGCAGCAAAUGGAGAUGCAAAUAUUACUUCGGGUUCGUCCAAGAAAAAGAGCUCCAAGAAGUCGAAAAAGAGUGCUAAGUCCAGUGAAAAAUCACGCAAUACAGACGCACUUGUUCAGACUAAUGGGAUAGUGGAGAGCGGGGUGACUGCCGGUGAGGAAAAUGCAAAAAUUACAAGCCCGAAGAGUCCUAAGAAGGCUUCAAGUAAGAAUUCGAGAAAGUCGAGCAAAAAGAAGAAAGUCGCACCUUCGUUCACGCCGAAUAGUGAAAUUACUACCACGACGAGUGCACAGGUGACACCUGCACCGUCAAAACAUAGCAAAAAGUCGUCGAACAAGAAAAGAAAGGCCCCCACUUCUGUGUGAUGAUAAACGGCAAUCAUUGCUAUUACGAAACCUAAUUUAGGGCCUGUUUCGUCGCUCUGCGGAAAACGGCUAUACCUGUAAAUAAAUUUCCAGAGCACUUAGAUAUUUUUUUAAAGAAAGUAAACAACAGAAUUCUUGAUCGGCUG